GAAACAUCUCUUUAUGAGGAUCUGGAAUAUUCCUCCCCUUUACACCGAGACUGUUAUGCGCGCGAUCGCCAUAGAUGCGUUGUAACUGGAACAUUCGAUACUGGAGAAGCUUCUAAGCGACCCAACAAAUACGGAGACUGUUGUCGAGAUGACAAUGGGGACAUGUUGUGGCCGAGGGGUAAUUUCUGGAAACAGUACCCUUCCAGAUUCUAUUCUUUGAUCCUUCGUCUACAAUCUAUCUAGGCUGAAUACAUGCAGAUGGCCCAUAGGAUCCUGAAUAUGUUCAAUCCCACUGUUGUCCCUCUCAGCAGUGGGACUAACAUUGACCGUCCCAUGAAUGCGCUCACUAUGACGCGUCCUGCUUGCUGGCUGAUUUCUCAUUUCAAAAUAGCUUUCGAACAUAUUGGGCCUCACACCUACAAGAUCGACUUGGUGCGCCCAGACUACCCGCCCGAUCUUCAAAGGGCUGAGCUUCCUGUUACCCGAACCCUCGAUCUCGCCCCAGAUCACAAUAUAGACCCGCCGUCAGCUGAUCUUCUGAAGAUCCACUCUGCCAUCGCGAAGAUCCUCUAUCUGAGUGAUGCGAGUCGGUUCAUUGAUCGAUUUUUUGGGGCGAUGGGGGAAAUGGAAGCGCGGCUAUUCAAGCCAGAUGUAACGAGCCGUAUCGACGAGUACGUAGCUUCCAAUCUCGCUGGUUGUUUUGAGGAGAUGUCUACGGAGGAGGAGUCUAGGAUUUAAGCCGCUAAACCGCUGUACUUCAUCAUUGUACACUGAUGAAGUCGGCUUACCGUGUUGUGGGAAACGAGAUGGACUCUAUUAUGCAAGCGAAGGUACAUUUAUGUCAUGUUAUCAAGACAGAUAUGUAACUGUAGCAGUUGUGGAGUUUGAGACAUGCAACCGACCAAUAUGUCAGCUAACUUGCGU